AUGGCUGGCUCCCACGUCGCCCACGAUUGCAGCAUAGGAGACAACGUGAUUCUCGUUAACGAAGUGGCAUUGGCAGGCCAUGUGACUGUUGGCCAUAACACGAUCAUCUCUGGUCUCGUCGGUGUAGCUCAACGGAUCAACAUUGGGCAAUGUGCUUUUAUCGCGGCGGGCACAUUGGUGAACCGCGAUGUGCUACCAUUUUCUCUGGUUCUUGGAACCGGUGCUCGUACCAAGGGCGUUAGUGUUGAGGGCCUGAAACGAUUAGGCUGGAGCUCAGAAAGGAUAAGGAAGCUGUUGUACGGAAUGAACUUGUUGUUUCUCGGCGAUGAUCAUGGCAUUUCGACUUUGUUGCAUGAUGAUGAGAUCAAGGACGAGAUGAAUAUAAUUGUGUCCUUUAUGAAGAAGUCUGAGAAUGGGAUUUGUCCGGCAGAAGGGCUUGGAGUAGGAUUGAGAGUGAAUAAGAUUUGA